UCGCAGUCUUCUUAUUCAGUUAGCAUUAAAAUGGCGUCCAAACUAUUUCGUUUAGCAACAAUUUUUAUUUUCUGCAUGUGGCAGUCUACUGCGACCAGUACCAUAGACUGGUGGGAGACUGCUACGCUUUAUCAGAUAUAUCCGCGCUCGUUUAUGGACAGCGAUGGUGACGGUCUAGGUGACUUGAAUGGCAUAACAAUGCGUUUGGAAUUCCUCAAGGAAAUAGGUGUAACGGCUGCAUGGAUUUCGCCUAUAUACGAAUCGCCUAUGGCCGAUAUGGGCUAUGAUGUGACCAACUUCACCAACAUCGAUCCGAUCUUCGGCACACUGGCAGACUUCGAUGCAUUGAUUGCCAAGGCGCAUAAAUUGGGUUUGAAAAUUAUUUUGGAUUUUGUGCCCAAUCACUCGAGCGAUAAAUGCGAGUUGUUCCAGAAGUCGAUACGCCGUGAGGAUGGCUAUGAUGAUUUUUACAUUUGGGAUGAUGGUAAAAUCGAUCCAGUAACAGGCGAGCGUGUGCCGCCAAGCAAUUGGAACUCCGUUUUUGGUGGACCCGCAUGGACGUGGAACGAGCAGCGCCAACAGUACUAUUUGCAUCAAUUUAUGCCUCAGCAGCCUGAUUUCAACUUCACAAAUCCCAUGGUGCGCCAACACUUAAUCGGAGUCCUAACUUUCUGGCUUGAACGCGGCGUCGAUUCUUUUCGCAUCGACGCUGUGCCACACUUCUACGAGAAACGUUUCGAAAACGGCACAUAUCCAGAUGAACCGCUCAGCGGCGAAACGGACGACCCCAACGAUUACACGUACUAUGACCACAUCUACACAAAGAAUCAACCGGAGAAUCCCGAGCUGUUGUACGAAUGGCGUCAGUUUUUGGAUGAAUACCAUCGCCUCCAUGGCGGUGACAGCAUCAUACAGAUCGCCGAGGCAUAUGCGCCCAUUGAGGAUUUGAGCAAGUACAUCAACAACGGCACGCACCUCGGCAGCCAGCUGCCAAUGAAUUUCAAUUUCAUUCAGUUGACAGACACCUCCACGGCCGAGGAUGUAGAGCGGCUAUGCAAUCAUUGGUUGGACACAAUGUGGACGCGUCAUAAGUUGGGCAACUGGGUUAUCGGCAAUCAUGACAACAGUCGGCCGGCGACACGCAUUGGCGUAAAUAGAGUGAAUAUAAUGACGAUGGUGACGCAUGCGCUACCGGGUUCAUCUGUUACCUAUUACGGUGAUGAGAUUGGCAUGACUGAUGGACCCGAAUAUUGCAGCGAGAAAGCUUGUGACUUCCGCGACCCAGAGCGCACGCCAAUGCAGUGGGGUAAAACGAAGAAUUCCGGCUUUAGCGAAGCCAACGACACUUGGCUACCCAUCAAUCCCAACUAUAAAAUCUUAAAUGUGGAAAUGGAGCGACAUGCAGCACGCAGCACGUUGAAUAUAUUCAAGGGAAUGGUCAAACUCAAGCAAACUGUUGCCUUCAAGGCGUUCAAAGAGGAAGGUGGCUUCUCGUAUGGCGCAUUGAAGAAGCAGAUCUUCCAAGUUGUGAGAGCUGCCGUAGGUCGUGAAGAAUACCGCUUGCUGGCCAACUUGGGUAACAAAAUAGAAUAUUUGGAUGGCUUGACGAAUAAAACUAUGGAAUAUGUGCUGCUCACGUCACAUUCGCCACAUAAUUACGGUGAUAAAGUGGAUUUGAGCAAACGCAUUUAUUUGAUGCCCUAUGAAGCGGUUAUGCUGCGCUGGAGUCCGUAAAGUUCAUUUGCAGGACCAUUAAAAAAAAAUGUUGUGAUCGUAAAAGGUGAAUGCGCGGCAUGUUGGCUGCAGUGAUUACUCAUAUGUAAA